UCUGAAAGUCGCAAGCUGAUGACGUUUAUCUGUUAUUAACUGUGCAUUUCCGGUUACAGGGUACCUCCGUGCGCGUGUGUUCAGUGUGAGUUGACAAUCUGUAGUUUUUUAAUCGAUAUUUCUCAUCAGAUCGUAAAUGGAUGAGAUAUGUUCCACGGGCCAGGUGUCGUUAUCAGCGAUGCUGGUAACGACUGAUCUGGUGACUCCUGCGUCUCCCAAUUCCAGCAUCAAACCACCCGCAAACCAGGCGUCUCAGGCUCGGGGGAAGAAGCGGCCGGCGAGUCCUGCAAACAACAACGUUGGAGCGGCUGCAGCUUUCUUCAACAAGAAGAAAAAACUCACAUUUACUACGGCUAGCACUGAGGUGCAGCAGCUGCCAUUGACUGUGGAUCCAUCUGGAGAAAUUAAAACUAUGGCUGCAGAUCCCAGCACAGCACCAGUUGAACCAACAGCCAAACCACAAUCUUUCAAGGACCCAAACUUUGUACACUCUGGGAUUGGAGGUGCAGCCGCCGGGAAGAAGAACAGGACCUGGAAGAACCUGAAACAAAUCCUCACUGCCGAGAGGGCAUUGCCAUGGCAACUAAACGAUCCGAACUACUAUAAUAUUGAUGCCCCUCCCUCCUUCAAACCAACUAAGAAGUACUCAGAUAUUUCUGGACUUCCUGUGAGACGUAGUUGUAAGUGACUCUGCAGCUGAUGC